AUGGGCUGGUUCGACCGCAAAAAGGUCAUCAAGGCCGCCCCCGAGCUGUUCAAACCGGUGCCGGUGAACCAACACCCCUCGCAAUAUCACCACACACCAUCGAAUCCGCCGGCUCAACAAUCCUCGAGACAUGCAGCUUCAAUGACGCAGGCACCGCCGUACUGGCAGCCUCAGCCGCACCACCAAGCGCAAUACCAGCAUCCCCCGCCUCCGUACCACCCAUACCCAAACCAGCAUCACCAACAACAGCAAACCCAGCCUCAUCACCCGCAGGACUGGUCACAGCAAAAUCCCCAGCGCGGUGGCCAUUUCCCCCAGCAGCAGCAGCAGCAUCAGCAGCCCAUCGUCGUGAAUCAGCACUAUUACCUGCACCCGCCGCCGUCCCACCUCGCCCUCCCCGCACCGUCGGGAACCGGACCGCCGCCGACGACGGCGACGGUGACGGCGACGGCCUGUCCCCUCGGCCUGGAUAAGUUCACUGGCUCCAUGGUGACCAUCGCCAAGGACUUCACCUCGCCCACCUUCCUCGAGGAGCCAAAUUUCCACCCGCACGCCACACAGCUCAUCAACUCCACCGCCGCGUACGUCGACCAGAUUGCGGGGUGCUUCAACGACGUCAUGACACUGAUUGAUCGGGACCGGAUGGUGGGAAACGAGAAGGCCUUGUUUACGUACCAGAAUGGUAGUGGGAGCGGCGCAAUGCAGCAGAACCCGUCAUCGUCUUCGUCGAGAGAUGGAAAGAGGGGUGGCGGCGGCGGCGGUGGUGGAAGAAGCGAGAAGAGCGGGCCGAGGAAGACGAGCAAGGAGGCUCCUUCUGCCGGAUCCAAGGGCCAGUCUGCGGCCGUCGCAACGUGUGUGGUAUCGGGAGGCUACUUUGCAAAGGUUGAGUUGUAUGCCAACUCCAAGUUGCCGAUGAACCUCCCGCAUCUGAGACUAUACAUACCCACCUGGCCACUCCUCUGCAUGGCCGCCCAGUACGCAGAACGCGUAUACGACCACCCAAAAGGCGCCGAGCGCGACGCCCACGUCUCGGCGGACUGGAAGACGGGCACGAAAGCCAUGGUCAUCAAGUCGGUGCCCAUGGACCACAUGAACACAAUCGUCUUCGCCAUCCGCGGCUCCGCCACCUUCAUGGACUGGGCCGUCAACCUCAACACGGCCCCCGCCUCCCCCGACGGCUUCCUCGACGACGCGGGCAACUCGUGCCACGCGGGAUUCCUGGCCGUCGCGCGCAAAAUGGUGAAACCCGUCGCCGCGCGGCUGCGGCAGCUGCUCGAGGAGGACCCGGGUCGGGCGGCGUACAGCCUGCUGAUUACGGGACACUCGGCGGGCGGGGCGGUGGCGAGCUUGUUGUACGCGCACAUGGUGGCUACGUCGGCGCGGGCGGGGAGCGAGCUGAAUGCGUUGAUGGGGUGCUUUAAGCGGGUGCACUGCGUCACGUUUGGGACGCCACCGGUGAGCUUGUUGCCGUUGAGGCGGCCCGAGAGGCCGGAGCUGAGGAAGAGUUUGUUCUUGACGUUUGUGAAUGAGGGGGAUCCUAUCGCGAGGGCGGAUAAGGCGUAUGUGAAGAGUCUUUUGGAGUUGUAUGCCACUCCGGCGCCGGCUCCGGCGGCCGGGACGGGAGCGGUGGGUUCUGGAGGAGGUGGUGGUGGUUCCGGAGGUGAGAAGAAGGGAAGCGGCGGCGCGAGGAGGUUGGUGGCCAAGGCGAGCAAGAUGUCACUGGUACACCACGCGCCGGGCAAGGAGUCGGACAGGGAGAAGGAGAGAAGGAGGGCGGGGAGCGGCAGCAACAAGCCAGUGUGGCCUCUUCCACCCGGCACGCUCAGUUCGCCGGGCAGGAUCGUGGUGCUGCGGAGCGGGGACCCGAAGGCGAGGCUACGGGACCGGAAGACGGUGGCGGAGAGGUUGGAUGAGGGGGUCGUUGCGCAGACUGUGUCUGACGAGGAGCUGAGGGGGGUGAUUUGGGGUGAUCCGGUGUGUCACGUCAUGAAGUUGUAUUCGGGGCGGAUCGAGACGUUGGCUGUUGGGGCCGUUACAGGGAGGCAGAAGUAG